UUUACCAUGGCAACUAGAGCCGCGUACUUUUCCCCGUCGGAAGCACAAAUCCUCAUGGAGGCAUACGAGGAGGUAAAAGAUAUAAUUAAGAAGAAAGGCAACACCGCCACAGUGAUAAAGCAAAGAGAAAAAGCGUGGCAAAGUAUUGCAGACCGCCUGAAUGCAUUAAACAUGAACGGGCCAAAACGGACAUGGCAGCAGAUCAAAUACAAGAACAUUCUGCAGAAUGCAGUGAAAAAGAAUACCCACAGACAAGGCACGGGUGGUGGGUCACCAAAGGCUGACCUUACCCCAGCAGAGGACAUGGCCUUGGAGCUAAAUAAAGGCAGGCCCGUCUUAGAGGGGAUCCCUGGGGGGAAAGAGACGAGCAUAGGUUCCUCCCAAGAUGCCACCCGCUUCAUUCAAGUGUCUGGCAGCACUGUGUUCCUGUUAGAGCCACCAGCACAAGCACCAGACGAUGCUGAUCCAGGUGAAGGCCCCAGUGCAGCAGCAACAGCACAUGAUGGAGACGAUGAUGAGGAGGAGACCAUCUCUCUGGAUUCCAGAAGGCAUGAGGACCCAGAUGCUAUACAGUGGGAAAACCAGCCUGGCAACAUACUCCAAGAAGAUGACACAGCUCAAAAUAAAAAUUAGCAAUCAGUACAACCAAGUCAUCGUUAUAAGGCAUCGCCCUCUUUUGCCCACCCCCCCAGCACCAGGUGUGGCCACUAGCCUAUAUGAAGGCCCAAAAUUGUGUGUUCCUUUCUGCUCUGACAAUGGCAUGCCCAUUCGUGCGAGAUGUGGUGGAUGAAGAAGCACUUGUGCUGAGGAGAGCCUUCAGGCGAGAAAGGGUCUUCAGGGACCGGUUGGACCCACUGGCCUUCCCUGAUGACCAUCUAUAUGAAAGAUACAGGUUUUCUGCAGAUGGCAUCAGGUAUCUAUGCAGACUACUGGGUCCCAGGAUUAAGCACCGCACUGCACGGAGCCAUGCACUGAGUGUGGAGCAAAUGGUUUGUGUGGCCUUGCGCUUUUUUGCUAGUGGAGCCUUCCUGUACUCAGUGGGGGAUGCAGAACAGCUGAACAAGGCCACAAUUUGACGCACAAUAAGGAGUGUGUGUCUGGUUAUCAAAGCAUUAGCAGAUGUCUUCAUCUCCUUCCCUGGCCACAGAAGACUCUGUGACAUCAAAGAGGAGUUCUAUAGGAUUGCAGGUAAGAGGAUCUACAAAUUACAGGACAACUGUUAACACAUAGUAGGAUACUCAUUACUUUGUGUGACAGGUUUCCCCAAUGUCAUUGGUGCAGUGGACUGCACACACAUAAGGAUAAAAGCCCCCUCAGGUGCCCAUGAGGCCGAUUUUGUGAAUAGGAAAUCCUUUCACAGCAUUAAUGUUCAGGUGAACAUAACUUUUUGAUAUUGUCCAUUGACGAACACUCUGCAUUGCCAGUGAUGUGCAUUGAUUGGUGUAAUAUUCCUCAUCUUAUGAUUUCAGAUGGUCUGCAAUGCUGACUGUGUGAUCAGCAAUGUUGUGGCAAAAUGGCCUGGCUCAGUCCAUGACUCCAGAAUCUUUCGGGCCUCUGAAAUCUAUCACAAGGUGAAUUCUCUGGUGUGUUGCUGGGAGACAGGGGGUAUGGCUGCCAGCCUUUUCUCCUGACACCUUUCACAGACCCCCAGGAAGCACAGCAGGCCUACAACCAUGCCCAUGCCAGGACCAGGGCCAGAGUUGAAAUGACCUUUGGCCUCCUGAAGGCACGCUUUCACUGCCUUCACAAAUUAAGGGUCAGCCCUGUUAGGGCAUGUGAUAUUACUGUGGCUUGUGCUGUCCUCCACAAUGUGGCCUGCCUGAGGAAGGAGAGGGCCCCCAGAGUGCCACCAGCCAUGGACUGGGACAAUCCGGCAAUCUUCCCUGAUGACGACAGUGGUCGGCUGCUGAGGGACCAAUAUGUGUUGAAUUAUUUUAGUUAGUAUGUGUGCUUUCAAUUUUGGUUAAAUAUGUCCUGCGGUGGCAGAGGAAUUUGGUUUUUUUUGGGUUCGUUUUUUGACGAAUUUGGCCUCUUAUGAUGUUUGUGCGGUAUACUGUGUGUAAUACAAGGCUGCAGGGAGGCUACUGCAUCCAGUCAUUUGUCUGUUCAGUUGAUGUGUAUGGAUUUGUCCUGCAUUUAUUUUAGUGUGCAGACAUGCAGGGUUGUUAUAUACAGACCUUUGAAUGUGUAUGUAUCAUUUUGUAUAAUAUGCUUGGAUUCUGUGCUUUCCAUCUUGUAGAGUCACUGUGACUUCAGUUUCGAAAGGAGCUGAUGGUUUACCUGCUUUGUUUUGUCCUUAUUCAAUAAAGGAACAUAAUGUUA